UUUCGAGGCCUAGCUGGUAUAACCAGUGGAUGUGUGAUUCUGAGCUUCCUCACACCAUAUCUAAAGAAACAAAAGACUGCAGUAAUGAUGUACCUAAUCAGCUGCAUCAUCACACAACUCAUCUUUUACACAGUAGACGACUUCAUCACUUCUGCCAUUGCAGUCAUUCUCCUGGGCUUCUUCCUUGGUCUGCUAUUCCCUGAAGUCAUGAUUACACAGAUGAAAAUCCUCCUGAAACAUCUCCAUGUUGCAGCAGUGGUAUUUGUGUGUGUGUGUGUGUGUGUGUGUGUGUGUGUGUGUGUUGGGGAGUGCUGGUGGUUGUACAUUUCCAUUUAUCAUGGGCGCGAUUGCAAAGUUGCAGGGGAUUGGUGUCUUGUAGCUGAUGGUUUUGGUGAUGCUUUGUUGUUGUUUGGUGUUGUGGCUCUCGCUUCUGAUGAUGCCGCCGGGUGCUAGGAGGAUGAUGGGUGAUUCGCCUGCUGUACAAUAUGGCCACUGAGAAGUACUCCUAGCUAGCAGUGAAAUAGACGUUAUAAUACCAAUACCAAGUAUUGACGGCCUGGUAUUAUUUUGUAGGAAGUUGCGAUUUGUAAAUGACAGGCAGCUG